AUGUCACUACAGAUGGUAACAGUCAGUAAUAACGUGGCCUUAAUUCAACCAGGCUUCUCACUAAUGAAUUUUGAUGGGCAAGUUUUCUUCUUUGGCCAAAAAGGCUGGCCAAAGAGGUCCUGCCCCACUGGAGUUUUCCACUUUGAUGUAAAGCAUAACCAUCUCAAACUGAAGCCUGUCGUUUUCUCUAAGGAGUCCUGCUACCUUCCUCCUCUUCGUUACCCGGCCACUUGCAUAUUCAGAAACAGCGUAGAGUCUGAAAAGCAACAGUACAUCAUCCAUGGAGGGAAAACACCAAACAAUGAGCUUUCAGAUAAGAUUUAUGUCAUGUCCGUUGUUGGCAAGAACAACAAAAAGGUUACUUUUCGCUGCACAGAGAAAGACUUGGUGGGAGAUGUUCCUGAAGCCAGAUACGGUCAUUCCAUUGAUGUGGUGUAUAGUCGAGGGAAAAGUAUGGGUGUUCUCUUUGGAGGACGGUCAUACAUUCCGUCUGCCCAAAGAACCACAGAAAAAUGGAAUAGUGUAGCUGACUGUCUGCCCCAUGUUUUCUUGGUGGAUUUUGAAUUUGGGUGCUCUACAUCAUACCUACUUCCAGAACUUCAGGAUGGGCUGUCUUUUCAUGUUUCCAUUGCCAGAAAUGAUACCAUUUAUAUUUUAGGAGGACAUUCACUUGCCAGUAACAUCCGCCCUGCCAACCUAUACAGAAUAAAGGUUGAUCUCCCACUGGGUAGCCCAGCUGUGAACUGCACAGUCUUGCCAGGAGGAAUCUCUGUCUCCAGUGCGAUCCUGACUCAAACAAACAGUGAUGAAUUUGUUAUUGUUGGUGGCUAUCAGCUUGAAAAUCAAAAGAGAAUGGUAUGCAACAUCAUCUCUUUGGAGGACAAUAAGAUAGACAUUCGCGAGAUGGAGACCCCAGAUUGGACCCCAGAUAUUAAGCACAGCAAGAUCUGGUUUGGGAGCAAUAUGGGAAAUGGAACUGUAUUCCUCGGCAUACCAGGAGACAAUAAACAGGCUACUUCAGAAGCUUUCUAUUUCUAUAUGUUGAAAUGUGCUGAAGACGAUGUGAAUGAAGAUCAGAAAACACUCACAAAUAGUCAGACAUCCACAGAAGACCCAGGGGACUCCACUCCCUUUGAAGACUCAGAAGAAUUUUGUUUCAGUGCAGAAGCGUGUAGUUUUGAUGGUGACGAUGAGUUUGACACCUACAAUGAAGACGAUGAGGAAGAUGAGUCUGAGACAGGCUACUGGAUUACAUGCUGCCCUACUUGCGAUGUGGAUAUCAACACUUGGGUACCAUUUUAUUCAACUGAGCUCAACAAACCUGCCAUGAUCUACUGCUCUCAUGGAGAUGGGCACUGGGUCCAUGCCCAGUGCAUGGAUCUGGCAGAACGCACGCUCAUUCAACUGUCAGAAGGAAGCAACAAAUAUUACUGCAAUGAGCACGUGAAGAUAGCAAGAGCACUGCAAACCCCCAAAAGAGCCCUACCCUUAAAAAAGCCUCCACUGAAAUCUCUCCACAAAAAAGGUUCUGGGAAAAUUAUUACUCCUGCCAAGAAAUCUUUUCUUAGAAGGCUGUUUGAUUAG